AAACCAGAUUCUGAGACAUGGAAGCUCUGAAAUAGCUCGCAUGGAUUCUAUCUGAGACUUGAUAUCGACUUCUGUGCUUGUCGCCUGGCGAGGGCUGCUCUUUGUAAAAAUGUUUUCACAUCUGUCACCGUCGUCAAGAUUGGCGAUGCCCCGACAGUCCUCCAAAUUCAUGCCCUUCCAGAGGUCCAUUCGUAUCGACGCCAAAAACCCCAACCCAAAGAUAGCUUUCGAUGUCUACAAGGGACAUCCUGAUAAGCUUGGGGACUCACCAAACCCAAUUAUAGUUCUUCAUGGAUUCCUCGGCUGUAGAGAGGAACUCCGUCCGAUUAGCAAGAUUCUAGCCACCGAACUCAAGCGAGAUGUGUAUAAUCUGGACCUUCGUAACCAUGGCGAAUCUGGCACCAAAUGGAGACAUGACUACCUCAGACUGGCGCUGGAUAUCCGAGGACUUAUGAAAGAGAACAACCUCAAAAAUGUGUCUCUUGUCGGCAAUCAGAUGGGAGCCAAGACAGCGAUGACUCUAGCCCUCUACGACCCAAAACUCGUGACCAAUAUUGUCUCCAUUGACGAUUCGCCGGUCUGGAAACCCCUUCCGCCGAUUUACUUACAAUGGCUCCACGCCUAUCGGCAAAUCCUCAAGAUGCGCAUUACCGAGCUCCGAGAGGCGCGCAGAGUGAUGUACUAUUGGAAUCGGAAGGCAGGGAUGCGGCCUUGGCUCCUCCGAAAUCUGGAGAAGCACGACGAUCACCCCUAUGUAAGGCCGCGGAUCCCGCAGAAUAUCCUGUGGGAGGCCCGCGAAGCGAUGGGGGAGUUUCCGUUCCGGGAGGACGAUGCGAAUCGGUUCAGCGGGCCGGCGCUGUUCCUGCGCUCGCGUGAUAGCUACUACAUACCCGAGGACGAGGGGGCCGAAGCCAUCCGCUCUUUCUUUCCUACCUCCUAUAUUGAGGAAGUAGACUACGAGGGGCUUCACCUGGCUCUGGAAAAGCCGGAGCUGGUUGCGAAUGCGGCAGUUGAGUUCCUGCGGAACCCAAUGGUGUAUCUAGCCGACAGGAAACUCGAGAAACACGGAGGGCCAAGAAUGGCCUGGCAACUGUGAAAGCAGGCAUACGUGCAAAACCACCAGAGCUUCUGGCAUAUUUUGACUGAUAUUGCCGCCUGGUUCACCAAUUCCGCCCGGUGAAGAUUGUGAGGCCCGCAGCAAGAACGUGGAGCGAGGGACAAGAAUCCCUAGACGUCGGGCGGUAUCACAUGCACGCCUACGG